CUCGACACGAAAACUUCUCCCUCGCAAACAUGUCAGACGAUUCAGCGCGACCCGCGAAGCGUGCGCGUCUCGACGACAGCAGCGCGCCAGCCCUUGACACACCCAAUCUUACCUCCGCACAAGCUCCGCAAGCUCCAGAAGCUAUAGCUACAACAACAGCUACAACAACAGCUACCAAACCCACCGUCAUUGACAGCGAAUUGGAGCGCGAAGUCCGCGCUGGCAUCACGGAAUAUGUAUGUCCAGAUAAUCUGGGCUUCACGGGGACGCUGAAGCAGCGGUAUACGGAUUUCUUGGUCAACGAGAUUGGGCUUGAUGGGGAGGUGCUGCAUUUGACGAGUACGGAGGUGGAGAAGAAGGAGAGUGUGAAACAAGAUGAGAAGGUGGUGGAGAAAAAGAAAGCCGAAGUCGCUGUAACGGAGGAGAAGAUUGAGCUCAAAGAAGAGAAGGCUGAUGAGGAGAUGCGAGAUGUACAGAAUGGUGGAGAUGCUGCGCCAGCGACGGAUGUGAAGGUUGAGGGUGAAGCUGUGGAGAAAGAUGCGGCUAAGCAAGAGGAGGAGACCAAGGAAGAAGAGCUCCCUGAGGAAGACCUCAAGACGCUCCACUCGAUCUUCGGCGAAGAAAGUACAAGCAAAAUCAUCACACUCGUGCGUCAAGUACGAAAACGCGAACACAAAAAAGCGCGAGACUUCAAGGCUGUCAUAUCGCCGCCUAUAACCGACAAGGACGUGCGCACGCAGGCCCAUCAGUCGCUUCGGCGCAUCUUCCCAAACAUGCUCGAGAGUAGCAUGGAGGAGGACCAGUCCAUACGAAUCAAGGCUACCCCACCAGCAGAGCGCAAGGGCAAGAAGAAGGGCAGAGGCGAGAGAGUCAAUCCAGACGGUGCACGAAACAGAGGCCAAAUGGGGUGGGAAGAGCUGGGCGGAGAGUUUCUGCAUUUCACUCUGUACAAAGAGAACAAGGACACAAUGGAGGUUGUUGGCUUCCUCGGCAGCAAGCUCAACAGCGGUGCCAGGGCGUUUGGCUUCGCAGGCACAAAAGACAGACGCGCGUGCACCGUGCAACGAGUCUGCAUCAAGCGCCAGACGGCCGAGCGCAUGCAUGGCUUUAACAAGGUGCUCUACAACGCGGCAAUUGGCGACUACGAGUACCGCCAGAACGACUUGAAGCUGGGAGAUUUGAUGGGCAACGAGUUCACCAUAACGUUGCGAGAUUGCAGUUUCCAAGGCGAGGAUGGUAUGGACUUCGAACAACGACACCAGCUAGCCAACGACGUGGUCCGAAAGGCCGUCGAUGACUUUUCUGAGAAGGGUUUCAUCAACUACUACGGCCUCCAACGCUUCGGUUCCUUCGCAGCAAGCACCGACUCCGUCGGCCUCAAGAUGCUGCAAGACGACCUGAAAGGCGCCGUCGACGACCUCCUAGCCUACAGCGACGUCGCCCUCGCCGCCGCCCUCGGCACAAGCACCGACCCCAGCGUCCUCGUCUCGCAAGACGACCGCAACCGCGCCCACGCCCUCCACCUAUGGAAAACAGAAGGCAAAAGCAGCGCAGCCCUCGACAUGCUCCCGCGCAAAUUCACCGCAGAACGCAACAUCAUCCAGCACCUCAGCUCGCGCAACGGGCGCAACGGCCGCCGCGACCGCACCACAGACUGGCAAGGCGCACUGAUGACUAUCCCCCGCACCCUGCGCCUCAUGUACGUGCACGCCUACCAAUCUCUCGUGUGGAACGUCGUAGCCGGCAAACGCUGGGCCACGCACGGCGACAAAGUCGUCCCCGGCGACCUGGUCCUCGUCGCAGAACACCUGGAUAAAGACACUGCGCACCCCCUCAACACCGAAAAGGACACCGCAGACCAAGACGGCGAGUUCGUAAUCAACCCCUCCGGCGCCGAAGACGCAAACGCCACCACCGCAGACUUCGAGCGCGCACGCCCCCUCUCCGCACAAGAAGCCGCGAGCGGGCAGUACACAAUCUGGGACGUCGUCCUGCCCCAGCCCGGCUUCGACGUCGAGUACCCGCACAACGACAUCGGCGCGUUCUACACGCACUUCAUGGCGAGCGACAAGGGGGGCGGCCUCGAUCCGCUGAAUAUGCGCAGGCCCUGGCGCGAGGUCAGUCUGAGUGGUGGGUAUCGCAAGUUCUUGGCCCGGCCGUUGAGGCCUGUUGGCGUUGAGGUGAGGACGUAUGGAAGGGCUGAUGAGCAGUUUGUUGAGACGGAUUUGCAGCGUGUGAGGGAGGGUGGUGGGGCGGGGAGGAAGGAGGGGGAGAGGGGUGGGGAGAAGGAUGUGGAUAUGCAGAAGGAGGAGGGUGAGGAGGUAGAGGAGCAGGAGAAGAAGAUUGCGGUGGUGGUUAAACUGCAGUUGGGGAGUAGUCAGUAUGCGACUAUGGCGCUGCGGGAGCUGAUGAAAGCUGGGGGUGUCAAGGCGUUCAAGCCGGAGUUUAUGGGCGGGCGGUAG